GGCAAGGUUUAUAGGGGAAAAGCUGUUUUGACCAAAAUGCCCCGCUUUUGUGAAUAUAUAUAACAAAACAUGAAGCCGUGGCCCCCAAAAUUUGAAGCAGAAUGAGAGUUGAGAGCCUCAGUUCUGGUUUGGGUUCAGAGUUCAGUAGAGUUUUUCAGAGCAGCUUUGCAGUUUUUGGGACUAAGAAGCUUGAUGGGUCUAGGCCAUCUGCAACGUUCAGUAAUUUUCUGCUUCUGGUUUUGGUUUAUAAACUCUUUGUAGUCAGUAAUAACUUUGGAACCCAUUUUUGUUAUUGUUUGGUUGUAGGGUUUAGGCGAGUACCCAUAAGCUGUGCUGUUCGUUUUCGACCAUGCAUUGAUAUACACAAGGGGAAAGUGAAGCAGAUUGUUGGGUCGACGCUUUCGGAUUUGAAGGAAGAAGGGCAAGCUCUUGUGACCAAUUUCGAGUCGGAUAAGUCGGCUGGGGAGUAUGCAAGGAUGUAUAAGGAAGAUGGGCUUACAGGUGGCCAUGUGAUAAUGCUGGGAGCUGACCCUUUGAGUAGAGCUGCAGCUAUUGAAGCUCUGCGUGUAUAUCCUGGUGGUUUGCAAGUAGGAGGUGGGAUCACUUCAGAUAAUUCUUUGCAGUACAUAGAAGAAGGGGCUAGCCACGUCAUUGUCACCUCUUAUGUAUUUAAUAAUGGGAAAAUGGACCUUGAAAGGCUAAAAGAUCUUGUUCAUAUUGUUGGAAAAGAAAGGCUUGUUUUAGACCUUAGCUGCAGAAAGAGGGAAGGUAAAUAUGCAAUUGUAACAGAUAGAUGGCAGAAGUUCAGUGACGUUUAUCUUGACAAGGAAAUAUUAGACUUCCUUGCCAACUAUGCAGAUGAGUUUCUGGUACAUGGUGUCGAUGUUGAAGGGAAAAAACUGGGGAUUGAUGAAGAGCUUGUGGAGUUGCUUGGCAAGAAUUCUCCGAUCCCUGUAACUUAUGCUGGUGGAGUCACAGUAAUGGCUGAUUUAGAGAGGAUAAAAGUGGCAGGGCUGGGACAUGUGGAUGUUACUGUUGGCAGUGCUUUGGAUGUUUUCGGCGGCAACUUGCCGUACAAAGAAGUUGUUGCUUGGCAUGCUCAGCAGAAAGCAUCGACUGUUUAGUAUCUUCCCAUGAUCUGUUGGUGUGCGAGCCUGUGCAGCAUUUGAUAUCUUGAUCGUUUAACAAGUUGCUUUGAUGUAUGUAGAUUUGAAUAAAAGCUCUUGUUGUACCCUAUGAAGUAUGAAUAUAAGUAGUAAUUAUUGGGGAACCUUUGAAAUGAGAACUUUUCUUUUUUGAAGUC